AUGAUGGCCUUCCUCAGUGAUUCAAGCAGCAGCCCCUGUCAUCUGCCCAAAAUGUCGCUCCUCGAUCUGGCGGAGUCUAUGGCCUUAUCUGUGCUUGAGGAGGAAUCUGAGGAGGAGCAGGUGCAAGACGAGCAGGUGCCAGUUUAUUCGUGGGACCCAUGGAGUUCCAGGCUGGCCGGUCUUGCUGAGAACGGCAGGUUUGGAACCUGGUUCAGCGAAAGCACCUUGGAACUCGUUGACUGA